UCUGCAUAAUUGCACACUUGAGCACUCGCUCAUGCUACGGCGGGGAAGGGGGGUUCUUCUAACGCACCAAGAAGCUCGAUCAGAUAGUGUAACAUGAUCCAAUACCAGAUAUCGCUGAGACAAUGUAUCUGAGUAUUAAUUUAUAAGUGUAACCUCUUUUAUUUUUUACUUUCUUAAAACUGAACUUUUACUAACGUAAAUCAUUAUUGCGCGAUUUUGUCAUUCUCAUACUUGUCUAUCUCAGAUAGAAAAGUAGAUAUGAACAUUUCCGUAGUACUGUACAACAGAUUCAAGGACAAAUUGGUUCUUAUAACGUGGAACUCAAUAGGUUCUUGUAUAUGCUAACUUUAGUUAACUUCAGCAUUUAGCCGCAUGGUGCAGCACCUGUUCUAUGAAACAACUAGAACUACGGGCGAGAUGAUAUCUUAGCAUUAGUUCCUGCCUCAAAACGAACCAAAAAUGAGGUAGUCUUUAGUAGUAGAGAAAAAGCAGUUGUACAAAAUGGUCCGCCUAGAACAUCUUCUCUAUUUGCACCUAUUAUGCUCCUUGAAGGACAUCAAGGAGAUAUAUUUUCUCUUGAAUUCCAUCCGGAGGGUCAAUACCUUGCUUCCACAGGGUUUGAUAGACAAAUUUUUAUUUGGAAUGUCUAUGGGGAAUGUGAAAAUAUUUCUGUAUUAACUGGACAUAGUGGAGCGAUUAUGGAAUUACACUUUAGUCCUGAUGGCAAUCAUUUAUAUACAGCUAGUACAGACAUGACAUUAGGUUUAUGGGACAUAGCUGCUGGAACUAGAAUAAAAAAACUCAAAGGUCAUACUUCCUUUGUAAACUCUGUGUCUGGAGCAAGGAGAGGCCUUACACAACUUUGUUCAGGUAGCGAUGAUAGCACAAUACGUGUUUGGGAUCCCAGAAAAAGAGGACAGUGUUAUACCCUAAAUAAUACAUAUCAGGUUACUGCUGUAACAUUUAAUGAUACAGCGGAACAAGUAAUAAGUGGAGGAAUAGAUAAUGAUAUAAAAGUAUGGGAUUUAAGAAAAAAUUCUAUUCUUUAUAAACUAAAAGGACAUUCUGAUACUAUAACUGGAUUAAGUCUUAGUCCGGAUGGUUCUUAUAUAUUAUCAAAUGCUGUGGAUAACACAUUAAGAAUUUGGGAUGUAAGACCAUUUGCUCCGUACGAACGUUGUGUAAAAAUUAUUUCUGGACAUCAGCAUAAUUUUGAAAAGAAUCUUCUGAGAUGUGCAUGGUCUCCAGAUGGUAGUAAAGUAUCAGCUGGAUCAUCAGAUAGAUUUCAUUAUAUUUGGGAUACUACAAGUCGUAGGAUAUUAUACAAAUUACCUGGUCAUAAUGGUUCUGUCAAUGAUAUUGACUUUCAUCCAAAAGAACCAAUUGUUUGCUCUGGGUCCAGUGAUAAACAAAUAUAUCUGGGAGAAAUUGAAGCUGCGCAAUAAGGAAAUUAAAAUUGAUUUUCACUUGAUUUUUAAAUUUAGAUAUCUAUAUAAAAUAAAAUGUAUAAUAAUAUUACAUGUAUA